GCAUUUAGGUACCUUGAAGACAUAACCAAUUUAUAUCAUCCUGAAUAUGAACCCUAUAUAAAAACUAUUCAAGGGCUUUCUCAGACUAUUCAAUGUUUUUUAGGUGAAAUACCGUUCUAUUUUGUUUCUAGUUAUAUAAUAAAAAUGGUGGGUCAUAUGAACGUGUUUUCAUUGACGUUUAUGGGUUAUGCAAUCAGAUUUAUUCUUUAUUCGAUUAUUGAAAAUCCGGUGGUUGCUUUGAGCGUUGAAAUACUUCAUGGAAUCACUUUUGCACUACCGUACUCUGCCGGAGUCGCGUAUGCCGCUAAACUGGCUCCAGUUGGUGCAGAAGGGACGAUGCAAGGAUUGGUUGGAAUGGCAAUGAAGGGCAUAGGUAUUCCGAUGGGAAAUUUUGUUGGAGGUUAUGUGAUUAAGAAUUUAGGAAUCAUAGAUGCUUUUAGAAUAUUCGGUAUAGGUUCGCUUAUGGUUUGUAUCGUUAUAUCAAUAACGAAUCUUAUUGUAAACCGGAUGUACAAAACCGAAAAUAAUGUUGUCCAGACUAGUUAAAAUCAUUCGAUAAGGACCUAUUGUUGUAUGGUCAUAAUUAAAUCACAAUGAAUAAACUGAUAA